CUGCGGUUCGAUUUGAUGGCUCGAUACAAUUUCUAGCCACGGCAAUCUGUUCGGUUACCUACCGCCCGCUAACCCCUCGGAUCUACAUUAUAGAGCGUACGUAUACAUGAGCCCAUCGGGACAUCAAAAGCGCUGUGAGCACCGGUCAGUGAGCUAGAUCCCGAAACAGAAAACAAUCGGCUGGCAUAGACAGCGGGAAGGUGUAUCGAUAGCUGGUGCAGGCAGAGACCAGCUAAAGACGAAGUAUGCCCUUUAGGCGAGAGGGUUCCUCCCAGUCUUCGGUGGCGCCAACAGGGGCUACUGCCUACGCUAGCAUUCGCCGCAGUGAGCGACUCGCUAGUAAAGCUGCGCAUCUUCUUGAGUUCGAUACAAUAAUUUCGUCAUUCAGAAACGUCCAUGGGGCAGGUUCUAAAGGUUUAUCAAAUUCAACCUAUCGGAGUUUUAACAAUAAUAUUGAUCAGGAUCGGUCAUUCUUGAAUCUAGAGCAAGUUGAUCGGAAAAGUGGUGUUGAUGUUGUUGUCGGCUUAGAAAUGGAAACGACGUUAUUGUCGCCAGACAAAGUGAAUAUGAAUCAGAGUAUAUGGCCUGUGGAUGGCAGUAUUUUGGCCUCGGAUCAGAAAAUCGUAGCGAUGGGUGUCGCCGAAGAAGUACCUAUGCCCAACACGGCAGCUGCUGGCGUGAUUACCGGCGCUAAACGCGAAUUCAAGCGUCGAAAUGUUCGAAUGUCGAUCCGAAGAAGUCUUCGACCGUUGGCGAAUAUUCUGAUUAACGGCAAAAAGAAGAAAGAUAACUGUCAUCAACGAUCGAUAAUUGUUGACGAUGAUAUGCAAAAGCAUUACCAAGCCGCUAACAAAAACAGAAACAUGAACUAUUUGAUGGACGAUGACAACGAAUUUGCCCACAUCGACCAAAACCCGCCAGCCGCCGUAAUGGAGCGUCGAGCCCACCGCAACACCAUCUGCCUUGCGUCAUCUGAUAUGAACUCAGGAGAUACGGCCAUAGACUCAAGCGUGGCUCGGCCAUUUCCUAGUGACAAGUUAUCUUGCAGGAUGCACUCUAUGAAUCCACAUCUCAAUAAAACCAAUAUAAAAUGCGAUAACUUACACUAUGAGUUUCGCGUGCCGAUGGUGCCACCGGAACUACCGAUCUUCCCUAAGCCACUUCCGCGUACGUCGCUAUUGCGGCAGGAGAACGUACCUCCAUUGCCGCCACCAAGGCGACGAUCUCCCCGAAUUUCACAGACGCUGACGAAAUUCCGUGAACUAGAGCAGCUGCACAACUACGAACCAAGCAGCAUACUUCGUCUACGAGAAUUGUCCACGAAUCCACCUAAGCGAAAAAUUUGUCUUGAGCCAACGGUAGAGUGUGCAGCUGAUGAUGAAAAUUCAUUUGUCGACUGGCGAGCAUUCGCUGGAACCAGCGGUGGUUAUGAUACCGAUCGGAAACGCAGAAAAACUGUUCGUUUUCAGAACAAAAGCCUCGGCAUGCUUAGGGGUAGUGAAUUAGCAAGCGGAAAGGCCAAACUGCAACUAUGCCUUUAUAUCAAUUAUGGACACCUCUCAGUGCACGUAAUCCGGGGUGCCAAUUUGCCUUUGCUACCGGACCAGCAUGAGCUAAACUCGUACGUGAAGGUUGCCCUUGAGCCGAAAGAUGUGAGGAGUCAGCACCGUUCACAACUGGUCUCGGGGACGGUCGAUCCUUCGUAUGAUUUCCGACUAUCUUUUGAACUUUCUUUGGGUGUCGAAGAGGACCGAUCACUGUUAAUUACGGUGUGGCAUAGAGAUUAUAUCACCAAACAAAGUCGACUCCUAGGUUUUUUGAACUUCGCAAUGAAAAGAAUCAUUGAAGCAAAUCGAAUUGAGGGCUGGUUUAGGCUGCCAAGCCUUGCCAUAACGAAAAAGACACGGAACUAAGUCUACGGUGAACAAGUACCCUAUGUAAGCCAUAUGCCUUGAGCUGUAAUUCGUAACAUUGUAGCGUUAAGACCCGAAGAAGUAAGUACGUGCUCAUUUGAUGGGAGUUUAACCUAUGCAAAGUCAAAUGUAUAUUCAUUGACUAAUA